GGUGUUCCAAUCCCCCUCAUAUCAUGUGAUUCAGUGUUUCCAAUCCCCCUCAUAUCAUGUGAUUCAGGUGUUCCAAUCCCCUCCCAAUCAUGUGAUUCAGGUGUUCCAAUCCCCUCCCAAUCAUGUGAUUCAGGUUAUCCAAUCCCCUCCCAAUCAUGUGAUUCAGGUGUUCCAAUCCCCUCCCAAUCAUGUGAUUCAGGUGUUCCAAUCCCCUCCAUAUCAUGUGAUUCAGGUGUUCCAAUCCACUCCAUAUCAUGUGAUUCAGGUGUUCCAAUCCCCUCCAUAUCAUGUGAUUCAGGUGUUCCAAUCCCCUCCAUAUCAUGUGAUUCAGGUGCUUCCAAUCCCCCUCCAUGGGCACAGGUGUAUACAAUCAAGCCCCUAGGCAUGCAGACGGCUUCUACAAACAUUGGUGAAAGAAUGGGUCGCUCUCAGGAGCUC